UCUUAACGUGUCUUUUAAGACAGAUUUUUUAUUCACAAAUAAAAAGUGCAUUACAGUAACUUUAAACAUUUAACCUAUUAAUUAAUUGAAGAGCUUGUGUGCAUUCAUCACUUCUCAAACUUUGACAUCCGAAUGUUGAUAUUGAUAAAUGUCAGGUACUUUUUCUUUUUUUAAUUCUGUAUGAAAAAUCAUGGAGAGACCAAACCCACUGAAGAGACCAGUUGUAAAUAUUGGCUUGAAUAAAAUAAUCAAAAGCAUUAAAUGUGAUCACCCUUGUAGUGAAGGAUUUGAAGUUGAAAAUCUUGUUAGUUAUAACAAUUCUUCAAGAAAUAAUGGGUUUUUGGUUGAAAGAUUCAUUAAGCCCCCUGUUACAAUCACUCUUGAUUUGACAAAUACAAUUGAUUUAAAGUAUGUUUUUCUACAGUGCAGUGUUGGUGCUCAAAAAUCAUCAGGAAUUGAACUGUUUAUUCAGCCACUAUCUAAAGAAAAUCCAUUUGAAUCAGUCAGCUCAGGAGUCAUAAAAGCUGAUGAACGAGGCUUUGUGUUUCACCGCUAUAGUGAAAAUCUAAAAGAAAAGUUUGGAUCAGUUUUCUGUUAUCGUUCUUUUAAAUCAUCUCGAAGUCUUUCAAGGGUUUCAAGUAUCAAAAUUAAAAUAUUCAGGACCCAGGGUGCUUCAAUUCCUGCUUUGGGCAAAUUAGAGGUAUGGGGAGUGCCAAACAAACUUGAUAAAGCAGAUUUAAGAAGUUCUACUAACCAAGGUCACAACUUGACCCAGCCUUUCCACCCACUUAAAUGCACUACGGUUAACUCUUCACUUAGAGGUAGGCCUAAUGAUAAUUGUACUAAAUCAAAACCAUCAAUAGCUAAAGAUAAACCAACUUGGCCAGUAACCUUACAAAUUCCAAAUGAUUUUAUUGACCCAAUAACAUGUGAUUUAAUGUGUCAACCUAUAAUCUUACCGAGUGGAAACAUCAUUGAUGUCUCAACUUUGGAGUGCUUUGAAAAAGCUGAAUCUCAGUGGGGCCGGGUUUCAAGUGAUCCAUUUACAGGAAUCCCAUUUACAAAUUCAUCCAAACCUAUUGCUGCCUCAGAAUUAAAAUCUAGAAUUGAUAAGUUUUUGUGUGAUAAUAGUGAUCAUCCUGACCUUAAAAAAAUUCCAAGAACAGUAGGUAGGAGUUUGGCUCAUUCCAGAACUUGUUCGUUAAAUCCUAGUGUGAGCAAAUUAAUUAUGCAAAAAAGACAUACAAUGGCAUCAACCUACAAUCGAUCAUCCACUGAUGAAAGUUAUUUUGAGGGAACUGAAAAACGAAGAAAAAUUGAACGGAAUAUAAGAGACUUUUUGAGUAGCAGAGAAAUGCAAUCGCCACAACAAAAUAAUGUCAGAAAAGAUCCUGUUUCUGAGCAAAAAAAACCAGCUCACAUUUCAUUCCAAGAAGAAAUGGAAAAAAGUUUGGAGCUUUCACUAAGAUCAACUCUAUCUAGUCUUCCGAGUUUUACAGCACAUGAAAAAAAAUGUGAAAAGACUUUGGUGGAAUGUUAUGUCUGUAAGUCAUCUGAUCAGUUGUUCAGUAUUCCCUGCUCUCACUUCAUUUGUAGAAAAUGUUUGAUUACUCUCAAAACAAAAGGGGAAAUGUCCUGUCAGUUAUGUAAAUCAUCAUUUGGAUGUAACGAUGUGCAAAAAGUACAUGUAAAAUAGUUAAAAGGUAUAGUAAGGCUAUCAUUUAUAUUUAAGAAACUAUGAUGUAGGCUGUAGGCCUAAUCAAAUAAACUUUAAGAUUUGAACAACUCCCUUAAGCUAGAGAAAUUUAUUGUUAUGGUAAUGAUGAAAGCAAAGGAUAUGGUGAAGCAGCAAAAUUUGGAAUCCGUAUGUGUGUAAAGAUGUAGGAGUAGUCGGUCAACUACUGUAACAAAAUGAGGUAACCAUAAUCCAUAUGUUUGUAUGUAGAUUUUGAAAACCAUACUUAAUCAUAACUUAAUACUGGCUACGAUACACCAUAUAUUCUAUACCGGUAUAUAUUUUAAUUUGGGUGAUCACGUAA